AUGCCUCUCUUUUUCAAAAACAACAAUCCGUUUUUAAUCAACCCUUCGGUGUUCCAUAAAUUCCCUGUGAGCUACCAUCGGAUCUCGCAUGCUUUCUUCACCGCCAACCUUUCUCCUAAUCACCAUCUCUCACGUUCACUAGGAGUUCCACGCACGAGCAAUCGCCCCAAAACUUCACUUCAUUCUUACAAUAUUAGCGAUGCACCCCCGUCUUCAUACCCUCGGUACAAUUUUCCACGUUCAACGCGUUGGAAUGUAGUAGUUCCACAUCGAAGUUACGUCGGUAGGGCACAGACGACCGUCGGAGGCCUGAUAAAGAAUAACAAGAACUACAGGAUAUUUCUAAGUCCAACGAACGCAAAGAAUGCCGUUGAAAGAAUAAGGCAGAAAAAGAUAAGGCUUGAACGAAUCGAGGCUAAACGGAGAAAAAAGGAGGCGUCAAUGGAAAAAAAUAAUACUGUUAGUCUUGCGCAAAGGUUGAAGGUCAGGUUGCAAGGUGGUGACCUUAUCACCUCUGCUAUACUGGCAAACGAUACCAUUCAGAACAGGGAAAAUACUAUCGCGAGCAUAACGAAAAAGAGUGAAAUAAGUAGUAAUGCGAUAAGACGAAAAAGCAGAGCAACGGUUAAUGAAUUGGACAGAGGAUCUUCCAGUUGUUAUGAUAAUACGGCGAGUAAAAGUGAAUUGCACGGAGAGGAAAAAGAUGUCAAGAUUACCCUUGAAAGUUUGUUGAGGGAAAAUCUUGAUGGGAAUUCAAAAUCUGUUGGUGCGAGAAAUAAGUACGACGGCAAAUUGGAUGCUAAGAUUGACGCCAGGAAGGUUGAAAGAGCGGACACUAGGAAUGUGAAAAGAAUUUAUGCCGAGAGUGCGGAUGUCAGCUCUCAGGAGAACAAUGCCAAUGCAAACGUUAACCAGGAUAAUCACGUGGAAAAUUCAAAUUCCUCUCGCGAAUCCGGUGAAAAACAAGGACCGGCGUUGCAUAAAUAUAAUUAUCAAAUACUAAGUCAACAAAUAUUACAACGGUCAUCGCGACUAAGCAAACGGAGGUUUUUACUGGAAUUGAUAAACAAGAGAGCUUUGCCACAAGAACACAAGCAACCAAGAGACAUGCGAAUUAAAGAAAUCGAUCGCGAAAAUUUAUUUGCUGGGGUGAAUUCAUUACCGAGAAAUUAUGAUCCCAACUGGAAAACAAAACCUCUGCCAGGAUGGCUAAAGCAUAAAUACUCUAUUAUGGAAAGGACCGGAUUUGAGAAAUGGGAACCAAAGAAAAAGGUAUCACGGGAAAUCAUGGAUGAGAUUAGGACCUUGCAUGAACAGGCACCGGAGGAGAACACCCCGAAGAUAUUAUCACAACAAUUUAAGAUAUCACCUGAGGCCGUUCGACGUAUACUCAGGUCAAAAUGGACACCGGAUCCGAAGAGAUUGGAAAGACAAAAGCAGAAAUUAGAAGAGAAACUUUCGAAACUCAAAGCCGAGAGGAAAUUAAAACGAAAGAUGGCGAAGGAAUUUAAGAAAUUGAAAAAGAAGAAAUCGGAAUUAUAUGAUGAAACGAGAUACCUGGCCAAUAGCAUGAGUCCCAAGAAGAAGAAACCACCGAGAUUGGUGAAGAAAGUUGAUGGUUAA